GUCAACAUGAGCCGCAGUCCAGAGAGGAUGUCUUCAUACCGCCGUCAUUUCGAGGGCGCCUUGGCCGCCCUUCCUGCCUACCAGCUCCGGGUCUCCAGUCCAUCUCCCACUCGUAGGGAGACUCGCCACCGGUCGGCCAGCCUUACCCGGAGCGGUGGGUCGGUGGGGCGCAGGGCUCUCUCCAAUAAGGCUCGCAUGACCAGCAGUGUGAGUAUGGGAGCGCUGUGUCUUGGUAUGUCCCUGGGGCUCGGGCCACAACUGGACAUGGAUGCUGCUGCAGCAGAGAACCAGGCCUUUAUGGUCACUCGAACCAGUGAGAGGCAGGAGAUGGUAGCCCUCAAUGACCGCUUGGCAGCUUACAUUGAAAAGGUGCGAACAUUGGAGUCGACAAACAAGCUGCUGGAGGCUGAGAUUGAGGCCCUGAAGGGUCGCCAUGUCAAACCGUCAGGCCUCAGGCAGCUGUACGAAUCUCAGCUGAGGGACCUCAACAGGGACGCUGAGACGAUGAGAGUUCAGAGGGAUAUGUCUUUGGCAGCCAAGGAGGCAAUACUGGGCCAGUUGGACAUGCUGAAGGUCAAAUAUGACGAAGCUGUGGAGGCCAGGAAAGAGACAGAGCACGACAUAGAGGCGCUACGUCCGGAUGUGGAUAAAGCAACCUCAGACCGGAUUGCUUUGGACAAGCAGCUGGAAAACCUGGAGACUGAGCUGGCCUUCCUGCAGAGAGUUCACAAGGAGGAAAUUGAGGAGCUCAUGCAGCAGAUUUAUUCAGCAUCCACCAAAGUGGAUGUGACCUUCGGCCUCCCGGACUUGUCCUCUGCUCUGAGACAGAUUCAGUCUCAGUAUGACAGCAUUGCCGCCAAAAACCUACAGGAGAUGGACGCCUGGUACAAGACAAAGUUUCAGGACCUGAAUAGUGCCUCCACCAAACACGUUCAAAGUCUUCGAAGUCUGAGAGAGGAAAUCGCAGGCUAUAAGAAGGAUAUCCUCAACAAGGAACGCGAAUUGGAGGCACUGAAGACGAGGAAUGAGUAUUUGGAGGCUCAGAUCCGUGAAGUAGCCGAGAAAUACAAAAAGGAGGAGGAGGACUUACAGGGACGUAUAGAAGGGAUUAAACUGGAUCUGAAGGUGACCAAGGAGAAAAUAGCUCUGCUGCUGAGGGAAUAUCAGGACCUACUGAAUGUCAAGAUGGCUCUGGAGAUUGAGAUCACCACCUACAGGAAGCUGAUCGAAGGGGAAGAUAGCCGGCUGAGCACAAUGGUUCAGAACCUGUCGCUGACUGGACGGUUACUGACUUCCAGUGUUAGCAUGCAUGCUGCUUCAGCUUCAGAUAGCACUGCACCUGCAACAGCUUCGAAGCUGGAUGACGCCCCCAGUGACAGGAGCAGGAGCAAGACUGAGAAGGCUCCAGGUGCUAGCAGAGCUGGAGGGGAGGUGGCCUCUUCAGACAACCAGACAGACGGUAGCUUAGAGGAGCAGGCUACAGAGAUGUCUGAGAGGAAGACAGUCCUCAUCAGAACGGUUAAGACAGAUGACAACUCUUAUGAGAGCAACACACAGGAGCGCACCAUCACCAUUUCUGGAGCAGCUGAUGACACAGAUGAAUAA